GCGCCCUCCCUCGCGGCGGCGCAAGUGGGGCCCGGCGCGGCGCGUGGCGGCGGUGGUGGGCGCGGGGCGCGCCCCGGCGCAUGGAGGCGAUGCCUUGCCAGAACCAGCGGCUCGGCCCGCGGCCGCAGGACGAACAGUCGCCCACAGCGGGCGGAGGUGCCCGGCAGAUCCGCUUCGCGGAGCCCGGUGAGGACAGCGGCUGCCCCAGCCCGGACAGCAGCAGCAGCAGCAAUGGGGUCGUGGCGGAGGCGGUGGCCCCGCCGAUCCCCGCCGAGGAGGAUAGCGCGCCGGCGAUCGGGCCGCAGCUGAAGCUGCUGCCAAUGAACGACCAGCUCCGGGAGCUCCAGACGAUCAUCAGGGACAAGAAAUCCAGUAGAGGAGACUUCGUAUUUUCUGCUGAUCGUCUGAUCAGGCUGGUGGUUGAAGAGGGACUGAACCAGCUGCCAUACACAGAAUGUACUGUGACCACUCCAACAGGGCACAAGUAUGAAGGUGUCCGAUUUGAGAAGGGGAACUGUGGAGUCAGCAUAAUGAGAAGUGGAGAGGCAAUGGAGCAGGGGUUACGGGAUUGCUGCAGAUCGAUCCGCAUCGGAAAGAUCCUGAUACAGAGCGACGAGGAGACGCAGCGAGCAAAGGUCUACUAUGCCAAGUUCCCACCAGACAUUUACAGGAGGAAAGUUCUCCUCAUGUACCCAAUACUAAGCACUGGCAAUACUGUAAUUGAGGCUGUCAAAGUGCUUGUAGAACAUGGUGUGCAACCCAGUGUCAUCAUCCUGCUGAGCCUGUUCUCCACACCUCAUGGUGCCAAAUCCAUCAUCCAGGAAUUCCCAGAUAUUACCAUUUUAACCACAGAAGUUCAUCCUGUUGCACCAACACACUUCGGACAGAAGUAUUUCGGAACAGACUGACAACACUCAGCACAAACAGAUGACUCUCAUACUACUAGAGGCUUUUUCUACAUUUUCUUACUGCUGAGUGGGUUGGGGGCAUGUUUUUAAGUCUUUUUAGCCAAAGGAGGAAUAUUUGACUUCCAUUAGUUGUGGUCAGUGUGCCUGAACACUGACUCAGGUCCACAACAAAGCACUCUCAGUACAAAGUCGAGCAUCUCAGCUUUGGGGUUGUGUACAUGGCUACACUAUGCUUUAACUUAUUUAUUCUUCUAGAGCCUGUCUCGUGGCUGCUUGCAAGAGCAAAAUAAACAACUAAAUCGCA